UUGCGUAGAAAAUGCCCGACCUUGUCAAGACCGACAAUAGAAUCCUUCCGGACAACCUUUUUCCGCGACGAGUCCAAGCCACUUCCGACCUCAGCAGCAGCGCCGACCUGGAAGUGAGUGCUGGUUUGAGAGUUUGCGGCAUGUGGCCGGCCUCUCUGCACGUUGCCAAGAGUUGCUGGAGAGUCAUGGAGAUGCCAGAGAGGCAUGGAGAUGCCAGAGAGGCAUGGAGAUGCCAGAGAGGCAUGGACAGGACAGAGAGGCAUGGACAGGACAGAGAGGCAUGGAUAUGACUGGAUGGACUGGAUGGACUGGAUGGACUGGAAUGAAAAGUGGAGGUUCGUCCAGUACUUUCGCCAAAGCGGCAGAUCAGAACGUGCAAUUCUUUGCUGCCAACAGCACGACUCUCACCCGUCCGACCAGCCGUUUGCGUUGGACACAAAUGCCUUCCAUGUCGAUUGAGCCUGGUCCCAGGUCUCAUCCAUUAUGCUUUGUUCCGGAAGAAGGGGAUCUCCGACAUGACCUUUCAGUGCGCAAUCAAUUGAAUCGAUACUGGUAUUGUCGCAACCUACAUCGUCGCGAGCAGGCUACCGAAAUGGCUUUUGAGAUGGCCUCUGAGAUGGCUUCCGAGGUGGCUUCCGAGGUGGCUUCCGAGGUGGCUUUCGAGGUGGGUAUCUGGUUGAGGUUGUUCUGGGUCGUCGCUGUCCUGCUCUUUCGGCCCAAAGGUCGUCGAUUGCUUGAGCAUUAUCGCCUGAUGCAUCUGGUAUCUCCAUCAUUCACUGUCGUCGCAUGCUCAAAAUUGGGUGUGGCGGGCUCUGUCUGACAUCAAAGGUUGAUUCACAGAGGAAAGCCUAAGCUUCAUGAAGGUGCGAAGAACUCGCAUCCACGCGCCUCGCCACGCGUGCUCACGUGAAUGUGUCCGUGCUGCCACAGGGGCAAUGCAUCCGAUGGGGCUCCUCAAUGCCCCAGAUAACAACUCCCCGG